UAACUGUUUCCGGACAAAUUAAAUUGUCUUCAUUUUUAUUUUUUGCAAAAUCCAGUUGUUGCAACUUGCAAUCAAGGAGCAUAGGGAGAAGAUUAUAAGAAGAAAAAAACGAAGAGAUAGAUACGACAACUCCAUGGAAGAUCUGAAAAUACUACUAUAAAUGAAGUUAGCAGGCUCACAUUUGACUAUUUCACUUUUAUCUAAACCAAUUGUAGUGUUGUUAAUUUCAUUGGUAAUUACUCUCCUUUUCAUUUGCAUUUCUAACCCGAACCCGAAUCCAAGCCCGAAUAAGAUGGCGGCAGGUCGGAACAGGAGCUUCAUUUUGUGGCUUCACGGGUUGGGUGACUCUGGUCCAGCCAACGAACCCCUUAAAACUUUCUUCACUUCUCCUGAGUUUAACACUUCUAAAUGGUCUUUCCCUUCUGCGCCAUCAAACCCAGUUACCUGCAAUUAUGGUGCUGUAAUGCCUUCAUGGUUUGAUAUGCCUGAAAUACCAGUGACAGCCCAUUCGCCAAAUGACGAAGCAUCUGUCUUGAAAGCAGUAAAACAAGUCCACACGAUGAUCGACAAAGAGAUUGACGCAGGCGUAAGACCCGACAACAUUUUUGUAUGUGGGUUUAGUCAAGGAGGUGCUUUGACCUUGGCUAGUGUAUUGCUUUACCCAAAAACUUUAGGAGGUGGUGCUAUUUUUAGUGGCUGGGUUCCAUUUAAUCAUUCCAUAAUUGAACAAUUUCCAGCUGAUGCAAAAAAGGGACCUAUUAUUCUAUGGAUCAAUCUCGAGUCGGGGACUCAUUGGUCACAUCCUCCUUUAUGGACGCCAAUUUUAUGGUUUCAUGGAAUACCCGACCCAACAGUUUUAUUUGAGGCUGGACAAGCAGGACCGCCUUUUCUUGAAAAAGCUGGUGUUACUUGUGAAUUUAAGGCUUAUCCGGGUUUAGGGCAUUCCAUUAUCCCCGAAGAGUUAAAGAACCUCGAAUCAUGGAUCAAGGCUCGAUUCAAGAGUUCGUCUUAGCACGCUGUUCUCUCCAAUCCCUUUUGUUUCGCCUUGGAAUUUCAUCGAUAUCAAUCAUCAUCAUUAAAACGCUAAUUACACUUAUGACAUGUUUAAAUCUAGAAAGUUUUAUUAUUUAUAUGAGUUGUAUGUUUCUGAACUGCUCCAUUCUGAAUAUAUUCAAAUAAACAAGCGAAAUAUUCUCCAUAUUAAAAGAACUUCAUUAGAAGGCUUGUAACGGCUGUGAUGUUAGAUUAAAUCAUUAAAGGGGUCCUUUUACUCAUCAGUCAAUCAAUGAUCAUCAUCUUUUUGUA